AUGGUCCGCGUCACUCUCCUCGCUACACUCGCUUUUGCGGCCACCGCAUUUGCCCAAAUAACGCCCAACAAAGCCGGCUCUAGCAACGUCGGCAAGGGCGACGGGUCGCAGUUCAUCACGGGGGGCUGCGUCGACGACUCGGACUGCUCGUCGGCCUGUUGCGCAGACGCGAGCGGCGUGGGCGUGUGCUCGGCCGAGGCGGCGCAGUUCCAGAACGGCAAGAACGGUUGCAACUUUGUCGACCCGAACCGGGAGGCGACCAUCGCGGCGGCGCAGGCUCAGGCCGAGAAGCAGGGUUUCUAA